CCAGCACACACUCUUCAUGGCGAGAAUUUGUUUCCUAUCCUCUCUUUGUAUGGCACUUUUUAUGCUACAAUCUUACAUAGCAAGUUUAGCUUUUGCAAUUGUUCCCAACAUUGCCAGUGAUCAAUCUGCUCUUCUUGCCUUAAAGGCUCAAAUUUCUUAUGAUCCUCACAAUGUUUUGGCAAACAACUGGUCUACUGGCACCUCUGUUUGUACUUGGAUCGGUGUCACUUGUGGUUUUCAUCAUCAUCGAGUCACAGCCUUAAACAUUUCUUACAUGGGUCUCAUAGGCACCAUUCCUCCACACAUGGGAAACCUUUCAUUUCUUAUUAAUCUAAAUGUCAGAAACAACAGUUUUCAUGGUUCUCUGCCCAAUGAGUUUACUCGUCUUUACCGGUUGCGAUACUUAUCUUUUGCAUUCAAUGACUUCAGCGGAGAAAUCCCAUCAUGGAUGGGGCUGUUAUCCAAACUUCAAUUUUUUUCUCUAGCUGGUAACAAUUUCAUAGGUGGUAUUCCACCAUCUUUGUCUAACAUAUCUUCAUUGGAAAUAAUGAGUCUUGGAUAUAACAAGCUCUUGGGCUCCAUACCUUCCUGCAUCUUUAACAUAUCCACUUUGCAAGAAAUUUAUCUCGUAGAAAACAUGCUUUCUGGUCCAAUGCCCUCCAUUAUGUCCAGUAUGUCAUCACUGCAAAUCAUAGUCCUUGACUCUAAUGAAUUGUCUGGUGCACUCCCAGAAGACAUGUUUAAUCAUCUUCCCAACUUACAAGUGCUUGCUGUGUCUCUUAAUCAGUUUUAUGGCCAACUCCCAUCAACUUUGUUCAAGUGCAAACAACUGCAAUAUUUAUCUUUUGAGGCUAAUAAUUUCACAGGUACUAUUCCACCGACUUUGUUCAAUUGCAAACAACUGCAAAUUUUAACAUUGUCAGAUAAUAGAUUCACGGGAAGUAUACCUUCGGAAAUUGGGAACUUAACCAUGCUUACAGAUUUAUACCUUGUCAGAAACAACUUUGAAGGUACAAUCCCAUCCACUUUGUUUAAGUGCAAACAACUGCAAAUGUUAUCAAUGUCGGUUAAUAGAUUCACAGGAAUAGUACCUCUAGAAAUUGGAAACUUAACCAUGCUCACAGAGUUAUACCUUGGCAACAACAACUUUGGAGGAGUAGUGCCUUGGAAGAUUGAAAACUUAACCAUGCUCAGAGUGUUAUACCUUUCUGAAAACAACUUUGGAGGUGCAAUACCAAGUAAAAUUGGAAAUCUACAAAACCUUGAGAUAUUUGCUAUUUCUGAAAACAACUUCACUGGUCCAAUUCCAUUUGAGCUCUUUAAUAUCUCAACAAUGCAAAAAAUUUCUAUGUAUAUCAAUAACCUCUCAGGCCAUCUUCCAUCAGAUGUAGGCCUAUUCCUUCCAAAUCUUCAGCAUCUUCUUCUUUGGGAAAACAAAUUGAGUGGAACAAUACCCAGCUCUAUCUCCAAUGCUUCACAACUCGCUAAACUAGAUUUGGACGACAACUCGCUCUCAGGCAUAAUUCCUAAAUCACUUGGUAAUUUAAGGCUCCUCCAAGUUCUCAACCUAGCAAUAAAUAAUUUGACUAUUGAAUCUUCUACUCCAGAAUUCAGCUUUUUCUCUUCAUUGUUAAAUUUGGCAUAUCUAAGACUUUUAGUUUUGUCCAGUAAUCCACUGAAUGACAACCUUCCUAGUUCCAUUGGAAAUCUCUCUACUUCUCUUGAACAACUUUACAUUAAUGAUUGCAACAUCAAGGGAACCAUUCCUAGAGAUAUAGGCAAUUUAAGCAACUUGAUAACCUUGUCCAUAGAUUUCAACGAAUUGGCAGGACCUAUUCCAACGAUAGUAGGAAGAUUGCACAAGCUUCAAACUCUCUAUCUUGAUAAUAAUAGACUAGAAGGUUCCAUCCCAUCAAGUCUUUGUCAUUUAGAGCGCUUGUUUGAGUUGUAUUUAGGUGGUAAUGAGCUCUCUGGACCUAUUCCUGCGUGUGUAAAUAAUCUAACUUCUCUAAGAGAUCUUCACCUAGAAUCCAACCAAUUAACUUCCAUGAUUCCCUUGAGCUUGUGGAGCCUUACAUAUAUCUUGGAGGUCGACCUCUCAUCAAAUUCUCUUAGUGGUCCUCUCUCAUUUGAGAUUGGAAAUUUGAAGGUCUUGAGAGUAUUAGAGUUAUCAAGAAAUCAAAUAUCUGGUCACAUCCCAACAACAAUGGGUGGCCUCAAAGAUAUAGCUAAUCUCUCAUUGGCCGACAAUCGAUUAGAAGGCUCAAUUCCUAAAUCUUUUGGUACAUUGGUAAGCUUGGAAUUCUUAGAUCUUUCCGGUAACAAUUUAUCUGGAGAGAUUCCUGAGUCCUUAGAAGCGCUUUUACACCUCAAAUAUCUAAAUGUCUCUUUCAAUAGACUUCAAGGAAAAAUUCCUGUAGGAGGACCAUUUGUACACUUCUCUGCUGCAUCAUUUAUGUCAAAUGUUGGACUUUGUGGUGCUCCUCGCCUGCAAGUUUCUCCAUGUAAAGGGGUUUCUCGACCUAAAAAGACUGCAGUUGCGCAUAUACUAAAGUAUGCAUUGCCAACUAUUGGGUUAAUAGUGCUUGUAAUUGCUCUUGUAUUAGUGUGGCUAAGAUGCCAAAAAAGGAAUUUGAAAAUUCCUGUGGAGGAAAACUCAUUACCAUUAAGUACAUGGAGAAGAAUUUCACAACAAGAACUUUUACAAGCAACAGAAGGGUUCAAUGCAAGCAACUUACUUGGUAAAGGGAGUUUUGGAUCAGUAUACCAAGGGACACUCUCAGAUGGAAUGAUUGUUGCAAUAAAAGUUUUUAACUUGGUAGUAGAAGGGGCAUUCAAGAGUUUUGAUACAGAGUGUGGGGUACUACGCAAAAUUCGUCAUCGGAAUCUUGUCAAAAUCAUUAGCACAUGUAGUAACAUGGACUUCAAAGCUUUUGUAUUGGAAUACAUGCCGAAUGGGAACCUUGAGAAGUGGUUGUAUUCUCAAGACCAUUGUCUGAGUAUCUUACAAAGACUAAAUAUAAUGAUAGAUGUCGCGUCGGCAUUGGAAUACCUUCAUUUUGGUUAUUCAACACCUAUUCUUCAUUGUGAUUUGAAGCCCAGCAAUAUCUUAUUAGAUGAAGAUAUGGUCGCACAUGUCACUGAUUUUGGCAUUGCCAAGCUGUUAGGUGAUGGGGAUUCUUUGAUACGAACCAUGACUCUCGCUACAAUUGGUUAUAUGGCACCAGAGUAUGGGUCGGAAGGGAUUGUUUCUACAAGAGGUGACGUGUAUAGUUAUGGUAUUUUGCUGAUGGAAACUUUCACAAGAAAGAAACCGACAGAUGACAUGUUUGCUGGAGAAAUGAGCUUGAAGCACUGGGUAGAGGAAUCUUUACCCCUUUCAACAAGUAAUGUGGUUGAUGCCAAUUUGUUGAGAACCGCAGAAGAUUAUGCUUUCAUAGAUGAUUGCAUAUCAUCCAUAAUGGGUUUGGCAUUGCAUUGCUGUGCAGAGUUACCUGAACAGAGAGUUAAUGCAAAAAAUAUUUCAGUCACACUCAACAAGAUAAAAUUGAAGUUUCUACAAGAUAGUGAAGGAAGCUAGCAUAAGAGCAUCAAGUUUGUUUAUAGCUCUUUCAUGUCUGUGCUUUAGAAAUAAUAUAACAGUAUUAAGACUCCCCUAAAGAUAUUUGUUUAUAGCCAUUGCUUUGUUAUGGUAGAUAAUAAUAGUAACAUUUAUAACUGCUAUAAUGAUUUUAGUGACCUAUAAUUAGCCUCAAAUGGGUAUUCUAUGUUAGUCUCAAAGUGUUGAUAGCAAUUGUGGCAUUUUAAUUUUGGUGCUCCUUAUAUAUGUAUCAUUGUAUGCAGGGCCGGCUCAACAUAUUUUGGGGCCUUAGGCAAAACUUUGAA